AUGGUGGUCACCGAAGGACGCUCCCCACGCGGUCGCAGAAGGACGCUUCCCAGGUGGUCGCCGAAGGAUGCUCCAGGCCGUCGCCGAAGAGGACGCUCCCCAGGCCGUCGCCGAAGAGGACGAUCCCCAGGCCAUCGCCGAAGAGGACGCCCCAGCGCCGUCGCCGAAGGACGCUCCCCAGGCCGUCGCCAAGGGGACGCUCCCAGGCCGUCGCCGAAGGGGACGCUCCCAGGUCGCCGAAGAGGACGCCCCCAGACCGUCGCCAAAGGGAUGCUCCCAGCUGUCGCCGAAGGUGACGCUCCCCAGUCCGUCGCCGAAGAGGAGGCUCCCCAGGCCGUCGCCGAAGAGGACGCCCCCAGGCUGUCGCCGAAGAGACGCUCCCCAGACCGUCGUCGAAGGGGACGCUCCCCAGCCGUCGCCGAAGGACCCUACCCAGGCCGUCGCCGAAGGACGCUUCCAGGCCGUCGCCGAAUGGGACGCUCCCAGGCCGUCGCCGAAGGGACCUUCCCAGGCCGUCGCCGAAGGGGACGCUCCCCAGGCUGUCGCCGAAGGGACGCUACCGAGGCCGUCGCCGAAGGGCUCCCCGGCCGUCGCCGAAUGGGACGUUCCCCAGGCCGUCCCCGAAGGGACGCUUCCCAGGCCGUCGCCGAAGGGGAAACCCCACAGGUCGCCGAACGGACGCCCCAGGCCGUCGCCGAAGGACGCCUCCCAGGCCGUCGCCGAAGGAGACGCCUCCCAGGCCGUUGCCGAAGGACCCCCCAGGUAGCCGAAGAGGAUGCCCCCAGGUGGUCGCCGAAAGGACGUUCCCCAGGUGGUCGCCAAGGAACGUUCCAGGCGGUCACCGAAGGGGACGCUCCCCAGGCGGUCACCGAAGGGGACGCUCCCCAGAAGGUCGCCGAAUGGGACGCUCACCAGGCCGUCGCCGAGAGGGACACUCCCCAGGCGGUCACCGACGGGGACGCUCCCCAGAAGGUCGCCGAAUGGGACGCUCACCAGGCCGUCGCCGAGAGGGACGCUCCCCAGGCGGUCACCGAAGGGGACGCUCCCCAGAAGGUCGCCGAAUGGGACGCUCACCAGGCCGUCGCCGAGAGGGACACUCCCCAGGCGGUCACCAAAGAGGAAGCUCCCCAGGCUGUCACCGGAGGGAAAGCUCCCCGUAGAGCUGCUGUCCAAAUGCCCUGGGCCAAUAAACCAAUUCACCAGGCCAAGAAUACCUUGGUCCCAGGGGCCCAAGGUAAUCUAAAAUCAAAGGCUGAGCACGCACCAAACAGAGUGGCAGAAGCCCGUAAAGCUGCUGCCCAACAGGGCCGGGCCAUGGUCAAGGCUCGCCGGUUGAAAACAGCUAUAAAACAAAAGUGA